UUGAAAGUACUCAAAAUGGAGAUGCUCGCCUUAGCCAAAGAAAUGCAAGAAGUUGAUAUUAAACUUAGGACAACUGAGGAAAAACUACAAGCUAUAAGCAAUCAACUUCAAGCUCAGGAUGUUGAACUACAAGCUCGAAAUGAGGAAUUACAAGCCAUGUAUGUGAACCUACAAGCUACCAAAGUUGAAUUACAAAACAAGGAUGACCUUAUUGCUGAAAAAGAAGCAGAAAUUCUCGAACUCACAAUAAGGCUAGGCGAUCUUGAAGCAAAGUGUACUAAUCAGGAAGCUCCUGGUCUUCCUAUCAAGAAAAAGAAUCGAUCAAUCAUCACAGCUAAGUUAGAAACCAAAGUAGCGAUUGCUAAAAAAAUUCCAAGCGAAGAAACACCAUCAGUUAAAACACAAACACAUUCUGUAGCCACUGCCCAGCAAUCCACUCAUCACAAACAGAUUCUCAUACCACCAAAGCCCUAUGCAUCACGCACCCUCGCUGCCAAAAAGAAGCUGUCUUUAACCUGGAAACUUCUGCCUGAUGCUUUAUACAGUAUUUCUGCUGGGUCAUCUGCUGUCCUCGGCAACAGGGCUUAUUUCAUGUCUCGAAGUAGCAAUGCUGUUUUCAAAUUUGACUACAAGAGCAAGACAUGGUCAGAAAUGCCUCAAAUUCCUGUCAGUGAUGUCACAAUUGUGAGCGUGGCUCGUUUUCUCACCUCUGUAGGGGGUUGGUGCUCAGACAGUGAGAGUAACAAACUGUACAGCUUCAUAGAUGGUAACUGGACCGAAUAUUUCCCACCAAUGCCAACCAAACGUAGGCAUCCUGCAGCCGUGUGCGCUAACACAUUUUUGAUAGUAGCUGGAGGCACUUUGGAAGCAACAGACCUCUUGACAGUCGAGGUUUUCAACACUCGUACACACCAUUGGUCUGUUGUGUGUUCCCUCCCGUUUCCGAUGGGUCAACCUUCAUGUGUUGUGUUCAAGGACUGCGUGUAUAUAGCAGAUGGCGAUAGAGUCGCUAAAAAAGAACGGCAAUCAAUAAUUUGUUCAUCUAUUUCUACACUCGCCUCUUCAUUACCUUGCCAUUUUGUUUGGGAAAGAAUUCCCAAGCUUCCACUGUGUCAAUCAACUUUAGCCACUCUUGAUGGGCACCUAUUUGCUUUUGGAGGUUGGAGCUCUGAAAAUUCAGCCGCUAGUGAAGUGUACAGAUUGAAUAAAGCAAUUAACUUGUGGGAUUUUGUUGGACAUAUGUCGACUGGUCGGUGUAAUUGCCUAACAGCUGUGAUUCCUGGUGAGAGGGUGAUGGUGGUGGGUUCGUGUGUGGGGAAAGAGUCGACUUUGGCCGAAAUUGCUCAUCUGUGA